AUGAUGCUGAAUAGGCUGAAAAUGAAGCAUUUAAUUCAUGGCACAUAUUUGAAACGGGAAUGUGAAAACAUAGUUUCCACAGAAAUCUCAAAACUUCAUAAAAUCAAGGCUCUAACAUUUGAUGGAUAGUUAGGCUAAGAUAUGUUUUAAUAAUUGGUAUAUUCAAGAGAUCAAAUAGCUUUUAACUCUUUGGAAAGAUUAGUCUUGAGAAGUUUAGAGCUAUAUCGAACUACAAUAGAUGAUCUAUUUCCAUUAUUAAAAAAUAUUAAGCAUCUAGAAUGCAAUAAAAGAUAAAUGAGCAUUUAUAAACCACUCCUUAAUAGCAAUAUCAAACUACAGUCACUAAUUGUAGCUCUACCUGCUGAUACUUUACAGCUACAUCUAAAUUUGUUUUUAUAACAUAGCUCAGACUAACUUUAAGAAAUUGAGAUUUACACUCCAAACUAUAAAUCUUUGAAAUAUCCUAAAGAGCUUUUCGAGAACUGCUAAUUUAAACAAUUAAGGAAAUUUAGAACUUUAAACAUUAAAAUGCAGGCAUUAGAAAGUCUCUUUAAUCCUUAAUAUUUACAAUAGAAUGAGAGCUAAUAACUAGAGCAGUUUGAGUUUUAAAGUGCUGAUAACGUUUACUCCUAUAUAUUGAAAAAUGAUUGGUUUUACUAGAAUGUGAUUAAAAAGGUUUUAUGGAAAAAUGGUCAUCUUAAAGAGUUUUAUCAUGAAUUCAAUGAGACUAAGGAUUAUUCUUCUGGAUUAAUUGAUGAUAUAACAAGUCUUAUCACAAGUAAUAUUCGUACUCUUAGAGUUAUAAAGCUUAAUUUCCAAAAAUCUUACCAUUAAAAUGAAAUUGAGAGGAGCGUUGAGAUUAUUAAUCAAGUUCUUGACUCUAUAAUGCUAACUUUUGAUCAGCAAGAAGGCUAAGUUUAUAUUUAAAGACUUGUGAUACUUGCUAGAAAAUUAAAGCUCGCUUAAGAUUCACAGAUACUUAAAAAAAUAUUGGAAAUAGUGAAGAAGCAAAAAAGUCAGAUUAAAGUUGUGAUGUCUAACAGUUUUAGCGCAGUUUUCAUAAAUUAUUAUUUAAUUAGAAACAUCAUGCUACAAACCUUCAGAAAGAAAGAUAAUCAUAACGGACUUAUAAAAUGA